AUGUCAAGAUCUAUUGGGAGAACAUUCUACCUAGUAAGAUAUUGCAUACAGUAGUAAAUCAUACUUACGUUCUGUUAACCUGCCAUCAGCGACAGACGGCAAACUAUUGUUGCAAACUGAAAGCUAAAAAGGUCUAUUUAUUUUCGGCGACACGAUUGAAAAUAUUGGUUUGAUUAUACUAGUACUUUGAAAUCUACGUGAUAUCUUUAGAAGUGUUCAGAUAUCUAUUCUGACUUCACUAACACGAGAAAAGGAACAAUUCUCGCGCCAAAACCAUAAAUAAUCCGAAACUAUCCCUCGAAUGCCGCGCGCCCCUUAACUGUGCCGUCAGAAUUUCUAUUUAUUUCUGUCCAAUUUGUUCCCAUGUUUCUCAAACGUCAGAAAUUACAUUUUUUUUGGCAUCUUUCACCAUUCCUGGGGUCUCAGUUACUUUCCAAUUGCUAUAAAAUGCAUCAAAAAAGCGCUUUUGAAUUUUAGCAUGGUGGAGUAAUAUCAUGAAUUGCUCCUUCAUAGUUAAUUGUGCGCAAAUAUGUCUUUACAAGAAAUACGUUAAGCCAAGUGUGUUACCUACCUUACCUACCUAAUUUUGUUUUAUUUUAGAGUAUAAAGACCAGUUUGACAAAUAUUCGUAGAGGACUCUUGAUAAUUUGGGCGUGUCCUACGAUUAUCAGUCUGUCAUGCAUUAUGAUAAACGGCAAAACCACCAUUGUAGCCAUUGGAAACGAGAACAUGGAAUUUGGAACUCCGAAUAACCUUUUAAGUACCAGAGACGCAUCGAAAUCAAUGCUUUAUACAAUUGCAGAAGUGAGUAGUUAUGUUCUAAAGUACCAUAUUUCGUCCAACUGGCGCACAAGGGAGUACAUAGGCAAAGAGGAGUUCUACUUGAGGGGCCUGGUUUAUGGUAUAUUGUAUACUAAUCAUGAAUUGUAAAUGUUUAUCAUUAUCAUUAUCAUUAUCAUUAUCAUUAUCAUUAUCGUUAUCGUUAUCGUUAUCGUUAUCAUUAUUAUCAUUAUUAUUAUCGUUAUCGUUAUCAUUAUCGCUAUCAUUAUCAUUAUCAGCAUCAUUAUCAUUAUCAUUAUUAUUAUCGUGAUCGUGAUCGUUAUCGUUAUCAUUAUCAUUAUCUUUAUCAUUAUCAUCAUCAUAAUCAUCAUUAUCAUUAUCAUUAUUAUUAUCGUGAUCGUUAUCAUUAUCUUUAUCUUUAUCAUUAUCAUUAUUAUUAUUAUUAUUAUUAUCGUUAUCGUUCUAUCGUUAUCAUCAUCAUUAUUAUCAUUAUCUUUAUCGUUAUCGUUAUCAUUAUCAUCAUCAUUAUUAUUAUCGUUAUCGUUAUCAUAUCAUCAUCAUUAUCAUCAUUAUCGUUAUCAUUAUCAUUAUCAUCAUCAUUAUUAUUAUCAUUAUUAUUAUCAUUAUUAUUAUCGUUAUCGUUAUCGUUAUUAUCGUUAUCGUUAUGAUGAUCUUUAAGGAGGUAACAGAGACGUAAAGUAUUUUAGCUUAUCACGAUGAUGCAGUGCUGGAUUCAGAUCUUGAGAUAAGGGAGGGGGGUCAUCCAGACCCUUAGAUAAGGGGGGAAGGGCGGUCUCAAUAAAAAUCGGUUUUUCCGGCCUCAGUUUGUUCUAAAAAUAAGGGGGGGCUGGGCCCCUUCCCUAGAUCCGCCACCGUGAUGACUGUAAACAAUAGGGGCCUGAUUUGUUUUCAGAGGAAUGAUCAGUGUUUUUGGGUUUCCCUACCGGGGAUUCUCAUGUCACUAGAGAUUUGAGGUACGAUCCCGGGGGUACUCCCUAUGAUGGCCUAUACGGGGAGGCUCCGCCUGAAAGGGAUACUUUUUUCAGGCCUCAGGUAUGUGAAAGGGUAGGGAUUUUACUCGUUGAUGUAUAAAGGGGUAAUGGAAUCUGUCAUUUGGUUCUGUGAAAGAUCUGAAAGGGCCCAAACGGGCUGAAUUUUAUGGCUUUAUAAAUUCGAGAAAACGUUCUAUUUUUGUGAUUGAUUCUUAUUUAAAAGACAGUGCAUUAACAGAAGUUAAAAGGGAUGCAAAGUUCUAAACAAGAUAUGUGAAAGGGGUACCAUUUGUCAAUAGAAGGUAUACAGAAGGGGUACCUUUUUCGAGAAAAAUUAUAUAUUAAAGGGUAAGAGGUUGGACCUCGGGGCGGAGCCUCCCCGUUUAUGUACAAACAGUUAUUAAGUAACCCCCACCCUGCGGGUGGUACGAUACCCUAAACACAGGGAUACCCAAGUCACUGUGACAUCGCAACUUUUCAAACAGGCCCUUCGGAACCACGACCUCGGUGGCGCGAACACAUCACUUUACCUCGACCUCUUGCACACUAAUUAUUACUACAGUAUUUAUCCUGUCUCGUCCAAUAAUUGAAAAGUAGCUAGGGGAGUUACGAAAUCUCGUUGUCUUUAAAAGUAAACUUCUUCCCUUAGAGUUUGGAAAGUUCACGCCAUGGUUGUGCUGUGACAGCAGAGAAAUCCACUGGAAAAAGUGUGAUGCAUGAGCCGAGUUCUUGUUUUGCUUGUUUUAAACUAAGUUAUUACUGCUUAAAAUUGUGGGCGUUCUCUAUGCCCUCGUAUAUAAUCUCUGAUAUUAUCGGGGCCGUUUAUGCUUACUAUCAACCAGGCCCGUGUUGUUCAAACGUUAGAUAGCGCUAUCCAACGGAUAAAUUACUAUCCAGCGGAUAAGUAUUAGCGAAACCAAUUGCGCUAUUCAGUGGAUAGAGAUUUAUCUGGUGGAUAACGUUAUGCACCAUUUAAACAACUGAGGCCAGGGGUUAAUUUUUUUAAAAACUUUUAAAAGCGCAAUUUACAAGUGUAGCUAUUGUUUUCAGACUUUAAAACAAUAGCUACACUUGUAAAUUACACUUGUAAAAGUUUUAUUAAGUUCACCCCGGGAACUAUUUCAGAUAGUUGUCCGGUAGCCGGUUUGUAAGUGCUUUAGCUAAUUCGCCACCCUACUUCUUUCCUAUCACGUUACAUGUCAUCUGACUGCUAGUCCUCCUACCCCUCUGCUAUUUGGUUCGUCUUAUUGAAAUUUUAUUGUUUUCUCACGGCCCUCGGGAACUAGGCCACAAACAGUCAUGAAAAUCCCUUUGCUUACCUGGUAAUUCCCCAAAAUGCGUCUAGCUUGACCUUGUACCCUAAUAAACUCCGCAAGCUGUGUUAUAAUUGUCGUUCCACAAGAUCGUAGCUUCCUUAUGCAAACCUUCUCAGGGCCUAGUUACUAAGACUUUAUUUAUUUAAUUUCUUGACACACAGGCCAUAUCGCGUGUGAUGUGUACAAAGCCAUUCAGGAAUUCCACAGGAAAACAUGCAUCCGAUUUCAAUACUACGACAGGGUAGUCCAUGGGAGUAACUACAUUCGAUUUGGAAAAAGCGAUGGGUAAGGUAUCAAAAUAUCAAAAAGGCAUUAUCUAGAUAUUUUUCUUUCUUUUUCAAAAAAUACUUUAAAUAAUUAUACAAAAAAGAUGCAAACAACUUAAUUUACCUGAGAGGAGCAUGGAGGGUGGAGGUAAGUUAUUCACCUAUGAGUAGCCUGCGUAGCAGGCGUUGAAAGGGGUACGGGAUACGGAAGAAGGGGAAAAUGGAGGGGGUUGGGGAGAGAGGGUAAUGGCUCACUUCCCUUUUCCCUCUUUUCGCGCUUUUUUCUCCCUCCCCUCCCUCUCCUUUUGCGCCUGCCACGUAGGCUACCUAUGAGCUGUUCCUAUGAGACCCUUUCCUCCCUCCCCCCCGAAACUUUCUUUCUCCUCCUGGUUAAAUGCGCACGUGAAUAGGAGUGCCCAACUACUUUGUUGUUUGAAGUGAAUCACUGUUCUAAUGAGCAAAUAUAAAUAUUUCCUAGAAUUUUCUAAAGCCCGAGAAAGGCUAAACCUUUCUGGAUAACCGUUUCAUUCGUCUAAGAUAUUCACUGUUUUUUACCUUUAUACAGAAAAUAACAACUACGGCUACUCCUGUCCUAGAACUUUUGAUCGGACCAAUCAGGAUUGAAAAAAAAAUCCAAUAACCUUAAAAAUUGUCCAGACGAGCAAAAUUCUCCUAAGACAACCCAUUGGAUAAAAUAGUUUCUAGGGCAGCUCAAAAUUAACCACUCCGGCUUCUAAAGCAUUAAGAGAAAACCAUUUGAGAAACUUCAGAAGUUUUUCUUUUCUUCAUCUCAACGUUCAGUCGUUUUAGGUGUUCAUCAAAGGUGGGAAAGCGAUAUGCUGAAAGCGGCUAUCAAGAAAUCUCCAUUGCUGAUGGCUUUAUGACGUCCCAGCGAUCGUGUAUGAAAUGAUGCAUGCAACAGGUAACUUUUUUCUCUCGCGUUUUUAUGCGAUAGACAAAAGAUCAAACGAUCAUCGGGUGCCCUUAUCGCAUGUUCUAGUUAGGCGUUCGAGGUUUGCAUGCAGGACUACAGUGUGAUCUAUAUUACAUGGUUGGGGUCGUAGUACUUUUGAAGUAUGAAUGACGUUUCUUUUCAACAGUUUUUAACUUUGCUUUAUUGCACUCCGUUAAAAAAACUUUACUUUCAACGCUAGUGAACCAAAUUGUACAAUAUGUGAACUAGUUGUGGCCAUCUACGAAGGUAUUAUUACUAUAAAGAGAGAAUGGGUAGCGCGCACGGGGAACUGCAAAAUGAAAAAAAGGGAGAAUAGGCGCUGAAGUUAUUGACAGGGGUACGGUUUAAAUUACCUUUUGUUUCCAUUUUUUUUUUAGAUUCCCAUUCACUGGGUUCGUUUCCGUUCUUCGUUCCUCGUUUUAGUCCUGUCAGUAGCCAUGCCAGUAAAUACAGGUAGUAAUUUAGAUUCAGUUGUAUAUAGCAUCUUUCACAUCUGCUUCCCGAGGUUUCUUCCACGAACAAUCAAGAAGCGACCGAGAUAAAUAUGUCAAGAUCUAUUGGGAGAACAUUCUACCUAGUAAGAUAUUGCAUACAGUAGUACGUUUUGUUAACCGGCCAUCAGCGACAGACGGCAAACUAUUGUUGCAAACUGAAAGCUAAAAAGGUCUAUUUAUUUUCGGCGACACUACUUUUUACUUAAUUGUCAAUUGAAAAUAUUGGUUUGUUAAACUAGUACUUUGAAAUCUACGUGAUAUCUUUAGAAGUGUUCAAAUAUCUAUUCUGACUUCACUAACACGAGAAAAGGAACAAUUCUCGCGCCAAAACCGUAAAUAAUCCGAAACUAUCCCUCGAAUCCCGCGCGCCCCUUAACCGUGUUCGUUCCCAUGUUUCUCAAACGUCAGAAAUUACAUUUUUUUUGGCAUCUUUCACCAUUCCUGGGGUCGCAGUUACUUUCCAAUUGUUAUCAAAUGCAUCAAAAAAGCGCUUUUGAAUUUGAGCAUGAUGGAGUAAUAUCAUGAAUUGCUCCUUCAUAGUUAAAUGUGCGCAAAUAUGUCUUUACAAGAAAUACGUUAAGCCAAGUGUGUUACCUACCUACCCACUCUACCUACCUCACCUACCUAAUUUUGUUUUAUUUUAGAGUAUAAAGACCAGUUUGACAAAUAUUCGUGGAGGACUCUUGAUAAUUUGGGUGUGUCCUACGAUUAUCAGUCCGUCAUGCAUUAUGAUAGACUAGCAUUCACCAAAAACGGCAAACCCACCAUUGUAGCCAUUGGAAACGAGAACAUGGAAUUUAGAGCUCCGAAUAACCUUCUAAGUACCAGAGACGCAGUCAAAAUCAAUGCUUUUUUACAAUUGCAGAAGUGA